AUGACAGGUGUUGAGAAAGUUUAUCUUAGUUCUGAUAGCAUUGAUAAAUCAGAUGGCAAUGUUGGUAGUUACAAUGAUGCUUUUUCAGUCGAGUUUUUGAACACCAUUAAAUGUUCUGGUGUACCAAAUCAUGAGAUUAGAUUGAAAAUUGGAUCACCUGUGACGCUGUUAAGAAACUUUGAUCAAACACCUGGCUUAUGCAAUGGUAUAUGUUUAAUCGUAAAUCAGUUAGGUCAUCACAUUAUUGAGGCGACAAUUUUGUCAAGAUGUAAUAAGGGAGACAAGGUUUUUAUUCCACGCAUCGCACUUUCACCGUCAGAUUCUUCGUGUUUUCCGGUUCGUCUACACAUAAGGCAAUUUCCUUUGUCUCUCUGUGUUGCAAUGACUAUGAAUAAAAGUCAAGGACAAUCUUUGAAACACGUUGGAUUAUUUUUGCCAAAACCUAUAUUCAGCCAGGGUCAACUAUAUAUUGCAGUAUCUAGAAUUACAAGUAGGAAAGGACUUAAGGUCUUAAUAUGUGACAAAGAUAACAAUAUUUGUACGUCAACUCAUAAUGUUGUCUACAAAGAAGUGUUUCAAAAUUUAUAG